AUGGACAAUUUAGAUUCUACACCUGCAGAAAAUACCGGUCUCAUGGGUUGUAAGUUAUUUGUGGAAUACAAACUACGUGCGGCCGUUGCACUAAACGAAGGAGAUAAACACAGUGCAAUAUUAUACCAAACUCUGUCGCUCGGUGCAUCGAAGCGUCAGAAAUACUCUCCAGCUUUCCGGGAAAAGUGUGAUCUAGAACAAUUGAUUGGAAAGGUAAUCAACAGUGAAGCGAACAAACAAAAGUCUGCAUCGCUCGCGAAUCGGGAUGAUUUUGCAGAUCUGUGCACACGUUGUGAGGAACUACCUGCCGAAUGGACGGUGAUACAGAUUGCGAAAGAGUACACACCAAUGGCCACCUGUCUAACGCACGAGGAACUGUUGCGCGAACCAACAUCGAUAUGGUUAACCGUGUUCCGGUGCAGUGAUCCGUGCGAAGGCACACCUUUCGAACCAAUUCUAAUCCCGCUGGAUCCGCCUACCGACAAACCAACCGCAAAAUAUCCCAACUACUUCGAACAUAUCGCAUCAAUUCCGCCUGAGAUUCGGAAUGCAAUCACCAACCACGAAUCGGCAGCGUCGACCGACAACCAAGCCAACAGUCUCGAAGCCGUAGAGCAGCUGAUAAGUUCAGCGGUGCAACGAACGUGUGAAUGGUUGGGUCCGUGGUCUAAUCUUCUGGUGGGGAAAUUUCGUUCGGCGAACGAUCAAAAGCUUGAAGGCUACAUUUUUAACCAAAUAGAAGAAUUUUGUGUGCACAAUCGCAUAAAUCGCACACGACGGCAACUGAUAUCACUCGUUGCACGUCGUCUAGAUUUAGUAGAUGACUUUCAGCUAUUCGAAUUGUGCUGCAGUGAGCAGCUCGAUUUAGAUGAUGCCAAGGCGGAAGCGCUGUACACUUUACUGGCCGAGAUGAAGCAGCAAAAGUUCCCCGAUAAGAAGGAAGAACGACUCAAUUGCUACCCGGUGCUGCUUGUAAUCGAUGAACUGCUCGAUAGCCUGCCGUGGGAAAUGUUACAUCCAACUGGAGAAUUUAGUCGGUUUACCAACUUAUGGACAUUGAGCGAACUGCAUCGAGCGCACGCAACACGAAUGAAGAACGGAUAUUUCAUGCUUUCGGCAAAACAAUGCUACACGAUCAUCAAUCCGGAUAAAAACCUUACCAAAAUGAGUGCACGGUUGCAGAUGUUCUACAAGGAAUGGUACCCCGACUUCGAGCUACUUAUCGACCAACCACCAAAGGAAAGUGAAUUCAGCGAAGCGUUGCACAUAUCAGAUGUACUUAUCUAUAAUGGUCAUGGAAGCGGUUUACAGUUUAUGAACGGUGAAACGUUACUGCAGCGUGAUAUUAAUUGCGUGACAUUUCUGUUCGGCUGUGAUUCUGUCCGGCUAUACUCGAACGGUCUGUUUACGGAAAUGACCGGCACGCACAUGUACUACAAUGCAGCCCACUGUCCCACCGUCAUCGGUGCUCUAUGGGUGCUGACCGAUUUGUUUACCGAUAUCUACUCGAUGCUACUCGUCGGCAACUGGAUACCGUCGACUAAUCCCAUCUAUGUCAAGCAUAACAUUUCUUCCCUGGACACGAUGGCGUUCAAAGCGGGAAAGUGGCAAUUCAAAAAAUCGUCCUCCAGCACAAAAUGUUUCGUUGGGAAACAUUCCAAUUUGUUGCGGCUGAUGGGUGACUGUAGGAUGUUUUACCACCUGCCGCUACGGAUUCGGUGUGCGCUCGUCUGCCGUGGUUUGCCCGUUAUUAAUGAAGCAUGCAUUUGA